CCCCCGCCGCUCCCCCUUCGCUCCUUCCCGUUCCCUCCCGUUCCCUCCCCGCCUCCCUGCGCAGCGCGAACAUGGCGGCGGCGGCGGCGGCGAGGGACUGAGCAGCGCCAGCGCUCGGCGGCCGCGCAGGUUUUGCUAUGCCGCAGUGUUUGUACUGACUCUGCUGUCUUGUAGGAGUGAUGGGGAACUAGAGCCCAUGACAGUUCAGUGGAGCCCUUGGCACUUUUGAUAUCUCGACAUCUUCAGUUCUGUAAGAGCAGCCCAGUCCCAGGAUAAGGCCAGCAGCAGGUGGUAGAAUGCGGAAACCAGGCCCUCAGAAAGCCAUAGACUGGAAAGAUGGUAAAAAGCACAAGUACAGCCGCCCCUCAGAGUCUCCCUCCCAGUACCAAGGUCACUUCACCUGGGAGAAGUACCUGAAAGAGACAUGUGCCAUCCCAGCUCCUGCCCAUUGUUUCAAGCAGUCCUACACUCCACCUGCCAACGAGUUCAAGAUCAGCAUGAAGCUGGAGGCCCAGGACCCCCGGAACACCACGUCCACGUGCAUCGCCACCGUGGUGGGGCUGACGGGCGCCCGCCUGCGCCUGCGCCUCGACGGCAGCGACAACAAGAACGACUUCUGGAGGCUGGUGGACUCUGCUGAGAUCCAGCCCAUCGGCAACUGUGAGAAGAAUGGAGGCAUGCUGCAGCCUCCACUGGGCUUCCGGCUCAAUGCCUCCUCCUGGCCCAUGUUCCUUCUGAAGACCCUGAAUGGAGCAGAGAUGGCUCCUGUCCGGAUUUUUCACAAGGAACCACCAUCUCCUUCCCAAAACUUCUUCAAGACAGGUAUGAAGCUGGAGGCAGUGGACAGGAAGAACCCUCACUUCAUCUGCCCGGCCACCAUUGGGGAGGUGAGAGGUUCUGAGGUCCUGAUAACAUUUGAUGGCUGGAGAGGUGCCUUCGAUUACUGGUGCCGAUAUGAUUCCCGGGACAUCUUUCCCGUAGGCUGGUGUUCGCUGACUGGAGAUAAUCUGCAGCCCCCUGGUACAAAAGUUGUGAUUCCAAAGAGCCCUUUACCUGCCUCCGAAGUAAACUCGGAGAAACCUAGCAUGCACAGUAGCACAAAGGCUGGUUUGGGGCAUCAACAAGGGCAAAGGCGUCGCAAAACAGGGAAGAAGCGUGGUCGAACGACCAAAACACUAAUCCACCACCCCAUGCCUACACCCUCCAAGUCAGUGGAGCCUUUGAAAUUCCCCAGAAAGAGAGGCCCCAAGCCUGGCAGUAAGAGGAAACCUAGGACAUUGCUGAACCCAGCACCCACCUCUCCAACAACCAGUACCCCAGAGCCAGACACAAGCACUGUGCCCCAGGACGCUGCUACAAUCCCCAGCUCUGCCAUGCAGGCUCCCACAGUUUGCAUUUACUUGAACAAGAACGGCAGCACUGGGCCCCACCUAGACAAGAAGAAAAUUCAGCAGCUGCCAGACCAUUUUGGACCAGCUCGAGCUUCUGUUGUCCUGCAGCAAGCAGUACAGGCCUGCAUUGAUUGUGCUUAUCAUCAGAAAACAGUCUUCUCCUUCUUAAAACAAGGCCACGGGGGAGAGGUCAUCUCAGCUGUGUUUGAUCGGGAACAGCACACUCUGAACCUGCCAGCAGUUAACAGUAUCACCUACGUCCUCCGCUUCCUGGAGAAGCUGUGCCACAAUCUGCGCAGUGACAACCUCUUUGGGAACCAGCCUUUCACUCAGAACAGCCACAUGCAGCGCUCUCACCAGUACGACCACGACAGGUAUCUACCAGACAGAAGCAGUUCCUUAGACGGCUCUCUGCAGGGACCAGGCCGGGGUACAAAGCGCUUUUCCCAAGAUCCCCCUCCAUACAGUGCUCCUCUCUCCCCCAAGUUACCAAAGAAUGACCGUCACCCUUUGGAAGGUGAAACCUUUGUCCUGGGAGAUGGCCUCCCAGGGCCCUUAGAGCCUCGCCUGGACCCCAUGGACUCUGCCUUGAACUCUGUCAAUUCAUCCAGCCACAGCAGGAGCUCCAGAGACUUUCGCCUGCCAGGAUACAGGCACCUGCAGCAGCCCUGCAGCCUCAGCCAGGGCAGCAGCUCUGCCCUGCGCAGGCUGAGCUCUGGGGGCUCGGACAGGUACCCGGGCUCCCGGGACAGCUCCCGCCUCAGCAGCCGCGACCCCUCGGCCUGGACGGUGGAGGAGGUGAUGCAGUUCAUCCGCGAGGCAGACCCGCAGCUGGGCCCCCACGCCGACCUCUUCCGGAAGCACGAGAUCGACGGGAAAGCCCUGCUGCUGCUGCGCAGUGACAUGAUGAUGAAAUACAUGGGGCUGAAGCUGGGGCCAGCCCUGAAGCUCACCUACCACAUUGACAAGCUAAAGCAAGGCAAGUUCUGAGAGGACUCCUGGCAGGAUGGAUCCCACCCGCGCUCCCGGCCGCCCCACCCGCGCUCACCUGCCACAGGUUCGCAUGCACACACCCCUUCCGCCGCAGCAGACAGACAGACAGACGGACAGACGGACACUCCCGACACCGGCCGGGCCCUCGGGGCCCCGCCCGCCCCCGACAGAGCUCAGGAGGAGCCCGGCACAGCCGGGCCCUGCACCAG